AUGAAAGUGACGACGGCGGCUGAAAAGUUCAGUGAAAAGGUGGUGACAGUAAAAGAGCCCUCAAGCCCCAGCCCGCCGCCGCCGGAGCGCCCCCAGCCAGGCCCGGCGCAGCCCGAACUGCUGGGGUCACUGACCGCGCAGCCCGAGCUGCUGGGGUCGUUGACCACGCAGCAGCAGCAGCGGACCAGCGCCAGGGUCAUCAAGAAGCUGAGGUUGGAUGAUGCGCCGAGCGCUAAGAAAGAUGCGACCCAAGAAUGCGACACAUCCCAGAAGCCUAAAGAAGACGAAAAGGAACCCCUAAAACUGACGACCGUCAAACCGCGCAUGCCAAAAGCAAUAUGGCUGACUGACGAGAAAAGUCUGUUCUUCGAAGCUUUGAACGAAUACGGGAAAGACUUCGACGCUAUAACUGCGCAUAUUUGUGCUAAGAUGAAGAAGAAGGGAGUUCCUGACGUGAUGCUGAAGACCAAGAGUCAAGUCAGCCACUUCUACUACAGGACCUGGCAUAAGCUGUCCAAGCAUGUGCACUUUGAUGAGAACGUAAAAAAAGUAGCCCAGGAGCUCUACGCCCUCAUAAACUACGGCGAGCUGCGCAAGAAGCUGGUCUCCGUGCCGGAGAAGACGUGCGCGCGGCUCGGGGAGAUGGUGGCGCGCGGCGGGCUGGUGCUGCGCGCGCGCGGCCGCCAGCUGCGCGUGCGCACGCCGCCGUGCCGCGCGCUCCGGAAGCUCAACCAGAUACACGAACGGUGUGUAGGUAACCGCGUCUGCAGCCGCUGCGUCAUAACCCUGCGCGCGCGCACGGCGGCGGCGUGGGCGCGCGUGGCGGCCGCGGCGCACAACCCGCGGGCGCAGGCCGAGCUACCGUUGCGGACGAGGUUGGACACGUUUAUAAAUGCGCUGCAGAAACGGUGGAGCGGGGGGUCAGAGAAGCACUCUAAACUAAACCCGUUAGACAAAGAUGAAGAGGACAGCCAGGAGGCGACCGUGUCGACUGCGGACGGUGACCGAAUCGACGCGGACGACCAUCUGCAUAUGGAGCCGGAGAGGCUCAUUGUGGAAGAAAGCAAGCUCCCUAAGAAGCUAUCUCUCCACGUGGGACCCCCCCCGGGCGCCGUCAUCCACCUGCCCGUGCUGACCGGCAGCGAACACCUCUCGAGCCAGAAGAUCUGCUUCGCGAGCUAUCUGGAGCGCAUGUGCAGCAAGGACAAGCAGUCCAAAAUAAGAACACCGAAACGGCAGCGCAAAGACAGUGCCACCGACAAAGACAAAGAAGUGGAACAAAAGAAGUUCAAAGCUGAUGAAACUACACCUACACCUAAACAACGUAUGGACAUAGACGAAACGGCCAUAGACGGGAUCGAGCUCAUGGCUACCAUCAAACACAACCAUGAAGACGAAGAACAAAUUGGAAAGCUCACUGAAGACGAGAAAGAGACAAAACACGACGAGUUGACUGAGGAGGAAAGAGACGGGGCUACUGAAAGAGAUAAGGAAUUGUCGGAGAAAGAAAAGGAUAGUUUCUCGGAAAUGGAAGAUGAUGAGAAGUUUAAUAAUGAUACGGAUAAUGAGAGCGAUGGAAGAGUUGAGAAGAAUGGGAAAGAGAGGAAGUUUAAGAAUCUAAAGGUAAAGUUCCGCAUCCGCCCCAAGAAGCGCGGCGGAAGUGUUUGCACCUUAGUAGGGGGUGCGGGGGAUGCGGGGGGCGCGGGGGACGACGCCGCUGAGGUGCAGAUCAAGGUGCCCGAGGACAAGGAGGAGACUCAGGCACAUGAGGACAAGCCCGACAUCGACGCGGAGCUCGUGACGCGGCAGGUGCGGCGCGGCUGGAGCGCCACCGACGCGGGGAACCUCACUGUAGGGGACCUGUACCUUAUGUUUGGAUCGCGUUCAAAAAUCCAGCUAGACUAUUGGUGGGCGGAAGCCACGCCCCCUUUGCCGCAGCCAAUCACAAUCACACAAAAGCAGAAAACCACAUCCGAAGGAGACAAAACAUCUCCAGUAGAACGUGUGAGUGAAAAGGAGAAAAAUGGCAUCGAUAAGAAAGAGAAAGCAGAUAAAACGCCAGAGAAAGGGACAGACAGCUCUGUCGAAGAUGACAAGGAGAAAAGAGAAAGCGAUACUGACAUAUUUUCGCCUAAAAACACGUACAGUCAAGAUUCCAAUGAUGGGCUUUCGGGAGACGAACGGAAAAACGAGCAGCUCCUGUCUCCAGACCACAAGAGCCUCCGGCUGUCGAGCAAGCUGGUGAACCGCCCCGAGCCGCCCGCCGCGCCCGACUACGCCGCUGUUAUGACCGAGAGACUCAAACGCCUGCUCUCAUUGGCCGGCAACCCGCACGUGCCGGCACCCCCCGCGCCCCCCGCCGCCCCCGCGCCCGGCAAGUGCCCCUGCGGACACGUGUGCGCACAGAAGAAGAAGCCGCACGAGUUAGAAUAUUCUAAGAGUAUCAGCCUGAUGGCGCCCCCCCCGCCCCCCGCGCCCGGCAAGUGCCCGUGCGGACACGUGUGCGCGCAGAAGAAGAAGCCUCAUGAGAAGUCAUCCCCCCAACCAUUGAGCGCGGAGGAGACGCAUGGUUUGUUGUUCCGACACCCCACGCCGCUCGCGCCGCAGCACACUGACAACCGGGUGUCGGCGGGUGAGUCGCGCGGGUCUCUGCCGCAGCGCCAUCUGGUGGUGCAGAGGAUGCUGCCUCUGCUGCCGUCCCGCGGGAAGCAUGUUGAACCUGUGGAGGAGAAGGCCGAGCCGCCAUCGCAGUCGGGGUCUGUGGACGCGAGCCGGGACAACGCGCACAAUGGCGCCACAAGCACCGAGGGUGAGCUGUGGACGAAGGGCGAAGUCGAGGACUACUCGCUGUCCAGUCUACUGGGGCAGCUCGGGAACGAUAACCAGAAAGCGCAAUCUCAAAAAUCGGAGGAAACAAAUGCAAACUUGUUCAGAUAUCCGACACCCAUCGCGCCCAAACAGCAAGAUACAGCUAAGGCCCCCAAAGAGCUGAUAACCUCGGACCUGCCGCCGUACAGGCGCGGGCGCGCGCGCGCGGAGCCCCGUGUCGUGGUGCAGAGGCUGCUGCCGCUGAUGCCUAAAUAUACACAGUCUAAUAAUCUGAUCCCGGUGAAGCUGGUGUCCAACACGCCGCCGCCGCCGCCCAAGAUCGCGCCAAGGCCCAGCCCGCCGCAGGACAUUCACUUCUACGUGCUGAACGACAUGAAGGGGCAGCUGUUCAACGCGGGCUCGCCCGCCGCCGCCGCCACCGACAACAUCAAGUUCGAGGUGGGCGACAUAGCGGACUUAGUAGAAGAGCCCCCACAGGACGCCGCCGCCGCGCCCCCCGCGCCCCCCGCGCCCGCCGAGACGUCUGUCGGGGAUGACGACAAGCAACAGGGGAAGAGCAAUGACUUCCUCCCAGUGGAAUGCCUGUCCCUCUCCCCGUCGCGGCUGCUGCGCGACUCGGCGUGGCUGGAGGGCGGCGUGCAGGACUUCUCCCUCUCCAGCUUCCUGGGCCACCUGGAGGCGCGCCCGCCGGACCUGCAGGUGGAUUCUCAUCUCCAAUCCCUGAUGGUGGAGAGCAGCGUGGACUACGUGGCUAAGUUUGCAGAUCUCGCUGCCGAGGUCACCAAGGAACCCGACCUACCGCCAUCUAGCGAUAUACCUUGAACUUAUUAC